AAUGGUUGCGAGUGUAGAGUGUGCAUUUGCCAGGGUGAGUGUCGUGUGUUAAGGGGAGAGCCAAGACAGGAAUACAGAACUAACCACAAUCUCCCUCACUCUCUUUUGCGCUGCCUCUCUCUUCAUCCCUUACACACAUGCUCUCUCCCUCUCUCUCACAAACAGAUGCACACACUCCCUCUUCUCGGUGUUCUCUCCCUCUCACUGCCUUUCUGAAUUCAGUGGGAUUUGACUCGGUCACUACGAUGUUUGCUGUUGCUGGAAGCUCUCUGCAGUGAGCACACUGAGGAGAAGUAUCGAUUUGAUAUCAGGGAGAGAUGGGUCAUGAUGGAGUCAUCAGCUGGAUCUCUUCCACUUUAAUGAAAUGAAGGUUGAACUGAAAGAACCAAUAACGUAAUCAGAGACACACACACACAGCUACUGCUUCUAUAUCUGGAAGUAAUAUUGAGAUUUAUGAGGUCCCCUAAUUGCUCUCUUACAUGUGCCCUAUGUAUAUCUGUUUGUCUGUCUGUGUGUGUCUGCCUGCUUCUGUGUCCUUUGAGGGCUUUCAGCGUCACAAGUUUCACCAUAAGAUGGACCACCAAAGACGAAGCCAUACCUCAAGCAACAUUUUGUAGUUAUGCUACCCAAAAGUCCUCCGUUGAGUAAGAAAGAGAGUGAAAAGGGCUAAGGACUGCUUCGCAACAUACUGCCCUGACCUUGUGAUCCGCAACGGAGCCAUGAGCAACCCUAAGGAUGCCAGCGACACCAAUGUCGCCACCAACACUAUGGCCACAGCCACCUCAGCUCCAUCGGCCCCUUCUAGGCGGAGUGAAUAUGAUGAUGAUGAUGAAGAGCAGGACCUGAACAAGACCCUGGGGGUGCAGCUCUUCCAGCAGAUCCUCCACCCACCGGCCCGUGGACCCCCAGAGAAACACCGUGCCUACAACGAGGAAGACUUUGAGUACCACCGCCACUCCUCCCACCACAUCCACCACCCGCUGUCCAAACUACCCCCAGAAAGGAGGAAGAAGAAGAGCAAGAAGAAGGAAGCGGGAUGGAGGAGAGGAUCCGGGCCUGGCGGAGCACCCAACAUAGAGGAGGACGAGGAAGAAGAGGAGGCAGAUGAGUCCUACAGCCAGAACGAUGGAGAGGGGGGGCAGACCACCACACCCACACCUGAUACUGACACGGACACACACAACGAGGAUGUGCAGUUCUUCGUGUCUGAGGAUGACCCUGCCAGUGCCACUCCGGCCCCCACGCACAGCAAGGGUGGCAGUGCCACCCUUACCAGACGCCUCACCAUCGUACCUGAGACUGCCCUGGGUACCAACAUGCCAGAGGAUGCCACGGAUGAGCCAGUGGACGCAGUGUUGGCCACCAACAAAGGGAGGAAUGGCCUAUCCUCUGGCCCCUCCCGGGAGUCCCACAACCCCUCCACACGGGGCUCCACGCCUCCCUCCUCCUCCGCCUCCUCUUCCUCCUCCAGGACACCGCCCCCUGGCAGCCGCGGCUACGACCUGCAGGAGCGCCGGCGCUCGGGCAACAUGACGGGCGGGCAGCAGGAGCGCCACCAGCGCCAGGCCACCGACGACAGCGAGGCCCAGAUGCUGGGGUCCGCCGACCUGGAUGGCAUCAAGAGUCACAGGUUCGAGGAUGUGCCUGCGGUGCGCCGUCACCUGGUCAGGAAGAGCAACAAGGGUCAGGUGGUGCACAUCAGCAAAGACCACAAGGAGCCUAGUGCCCACUGCUGCAAGUUGGACCGUACCCCACAUGAGGUGUUUGUGGAGCUGAACGAGUUGGUGAUGGAUAAGAACCAGGAGUUGCAGUGGCGGGAGACGGCCCGCUGGAUCAAAUUUGAGGAGGACGUGGAGGAGGAGACGGACCGCUGGGGAAAACCCCACGUUGCCUCGCUCUCCUUCCGUAGUCUUCUGGAGCUCCGCAAGACCAUCUCCCACGGUGCGGUGCUGCUGGACCUGAACCAGCACACCUUGCCUGGCAUCGCCCAUCAGGUGGUGGAGCAGAUGAUCAUCUCUGACCAGAUCAAAGUGGAGGACCGGGCCAAUGUCCUCAGAGCCCUACUACUCAAACACAGUCACCCGAGCGACGAGAAAGAACACAGCUCUUUCACGCAGAACAUCUCUGCCGCCAGCCUGGCCUCCCUGAUGGUGAACCACCACAGCAGCAGCAACCACAUAGGCCAAGCCGAGCCCUCUGUCAUUGACCCCGUCGUAGGUGUAGGAGAGGCCGCCUGCAUCCUUCCAGACACCCGCAUUGACAUGGAGAAGAGCGAGAAAGACAAUCCUCCCAAAUUGGGCAUGCACAGGUCCAAGUCCAAACAUGAGCUCAAGUUGCUGGAGAAGAUUCCGGAAAAUGCAGAGGCCACCGUCGUCCUCGUAGGCACCGUGGCCUUCCUGGAGCAGCCAUCCAUGGCAUUUGUGCGUCUGCAGGAAGCCGUGCUGCUGGAGUCUGUGCUGGAGGUGCCCGUCCCUGUACGUUUCCUCUUCCUUCUAAUGGGCCCGCCCAUCGCCAACAUCGACUACCACCAGAUCGGCCGCUCCAUCUCCACACUUAUGUCUGACAAGCACUUCCACGAGGCGGCGUACAUGGCGGACGAGCGGCAGGAUCUGCUGAACGCCAUCAACAGCUUUCUGGACUGUAGCAUUGUGCUGCCGCCGUCUGAGGUGGGCGGCGAGGAGCUGCUUCGCUCGGUGGCCCGCUUCCAGAGAGAGAUGCUCCACAAGAGAGAGGAGCAGCAGGGCAAGAAGCUCAAGGUCAAAGAGCCCAAGAGCCCAAAGGAUAAAGCUCUGCAGGCACCCUUCAAACCUGGGGAUGACCCUCUGCGCCGGUCCGGCCACCUGUUUGGGGGGCUGAUCAGUGACGCCGCACGGCGAUACCCCAAAUAUGCCAGUGACUUCCGUGAUGCACUCAACCCCCAGUGCAUGGCUGCCAUCAUCUUCAUCUACUUCGCUGCUCUGUCGCCCGCUGUCACCUUUGGAGGACUGCUGGGUGAGAAAACGGGGGGGUUGAUUGGCGUGUCGGAGCUGAUCAUCGCCACGGCGAUGCAGGGGGUCAUCUUUUCCCUCCUGGGGGCACAGCCUCUGCUGGUGGUGGGCUUCUCUGGACCCCUCCUGGUUUUUGAGGAGGCCUUCUACUCAUUCUGCAAUGCCAACCAUAUAGAGUACUUGACGGGCCGGGUGUGGAUUGGCUUCUGGCUGGUGCUCAUCGUGGUCAUCAUAGUGGCCUUUGAAGGUAGCUUCCUGGUCCGCUUCGUCACACGCUUCACCCAGGAGAUCUUCUCCUUCCUCAUCUCCCUCAUCUUCAUCUACGAGACCUUCUCGAAACUGGGCAAGAUCUUUCAAGAGCAUCCUCUCCAACGCUGUUACCUGGUCAACGACACAUGGACAUCCUCAUCAUGCAACAACACUGUGGUUGGCGUGCCUGGCAAGGUGGUGGGGGAGCCCAACACAGCCCUCCUGACGUUGGUGCUAAUGUCCGGAACCUUCUUCAUUGCGUUUUACCUGCGCAAGUUCAAGAACAGUUCCUUUUUCCCAGGCAAGCUCCGUAGGAUGAUUGGAGACUUCGGGGUUCCCAUCGCGAUUCUCAUCAUGGUGUUGGUGGACUACAGCAUAAAAGACACCUACACCCAGAAGCUAAGCGUGCCCACAGGCUUCUCGGUGACCAGUCCUGAAAAGCGGCAGUGGCUGAUCCCCCCGCUGGGCUCGGACGGACAGUUCCCUGUCUGGAUGAUGGCCACCAGCAUCUUACCUGCCCUGCUCGUCUUCAUCCUCAUCUUCAUGGAGACACAGAUCACCACGCUGAUAGUCAGUAAGAAGGAACGGAUGCUGUUGAAGGGCUCCGGCUUCCACCUGGACCUGCUCAUCAUCGUGGCCAUAGGUGGGGUUUCGGCCCUGUUCGGUCUGCCCUGGUUGGCUGCCGCCACCGUGCGUUCUGUUACUCACGCAAACGCCCUUACCGUCAUGAGCAAGGCGGUGGCCCCCGGCGACAAGCCCCGUAUCCAUGAAGUGAAAGAGCAAAGGGUGACGGGCUUCCUCGUAGCUCUGUUUGUCGGUUUGUCCAUUGUGAUCGGAGAUCUCCUGCGUCAGAUCCCCAUCGCUGUGCUCUUUGGGAUCUUCCUCUACAUGGGCGUCAUGUCCCUCAACGGUAUCCAGCUCACCGAGCGCAUGUUGCUGCUUUUGAUGCCUCCCAAGUAUCAUCCUGACCACACUUAUGUCCGCAAGGUGAGGACCCUGCGCAUGCAUCUGUUCACGGGGAUCCAGCUGGUGUGUCUGGCGGCACUGUGGACAGUCAUGUCCACCGUGGCUUCGCUGGCCUUCCCCUUCGUCCUCAUCCUCACCGUGCCCAUCAAAUGGUUCCUAUUGCCCCGCAUUUUCACCACGCGCGAGAUGCAGUGUUUGGAUGCAGAUGACGCAGAACCUAAGUUUGAUGAGAGGGAGGGACAGGAUGAGUACACAGAGAUGGUGCCAACGUGAUGGACAUUCUGCCAACCAAUAUACACCCUAGCCCUACAGUAUACUCCAGGAAGUUGGUCCAAACCCACCAAAUCCUUUGUUUGUUCACCUGAUAUUUUAUAACGCACCACUGAUGGUUUGAAAUGUUUUACUCAUUUUUUAAAUUUAAUUGUCUUGAAAGCUUUUUAGGGUCCCAACUCCCACAUCAUAUAUUUCUUUUGUCUAUUUUCACUAUAUUGCUUUUUGGAAGGUGGAUUUGUCCUUCAAAAAUAAUUUGAGUUACUAUGUUGAUUCAUGUUUUUAGGUAUCUUUGGGGUGUGUUUUAAUGUCAGGUGGGAGUUUGAAUUGCUGUGACUAGAGCCCAAUUCCAAGUCUCCACCUUCUGCGCAAAGUGUGCAUCGGAAUUGGGCUUUUAGCAGAAACCACAUCCUCUGAGGUCAUGACCUAAGAAGAAGCACUUUAUUACGAUAGGAUCAGUACAGAUGUAGUAUACAUCUUAUCACAUUGUACUGAUGAAUAUAUACAUGUACAACAUAGUCAUAGACAAACAUUUACCAUUCAGUCUAGUUCCCACGGUUAGGCGUAUCAUUGCAGUAGUCUUUUGAAUGUUACAUAUUUAUUACUACUAUGGUACAUUUUUCAUUCAAGAGUGGGUAAAAUGUACACUACAUGGUUCUCAAUUCACAUGAUUUUACAUGGCCCUCCAGUAUGGCAAAUUCAUUUAAUUAAUGUUGUAGCUUCACUGAGAAGCACUUACUAUAAUGCACACUGACAGAAGUAAAAGCAACAAAACCUGAUAAAUCUAAUGGUUCCCCAUCAAAAGGGCAACUAGGCCACGCUCAGUUAAUUGUUGUUUUCAAUGACGAGGGUUUCUGUGCCCAUUCCAAUUGCCUUUAGUCCAAUACAAUAUGUUUAACUUGUACUGUACCUCAAAUUGCUUAAAUACAAGAGUAGAAAAGAUUUGCAUUAUAGAGCUUUGCAUUAUAGAACCAAUUAUUUGCAGUGUGUUUGUGGGGCCUGUCCAACUCUCUUUCGGCAAAUAGCAUGUGACUGUGACACCAUUAUAACUUUAUGUAUAAUAUGGUUUGAAUGGUAUUUGCAUUUAUUAUGGAUCCCCAUUAGCUGCUGCCAAUGCAGCAGCUGCUCUUCCUGGGGUCCAGCAAAAUUAAGGCAGUUUAUACAAUUGUAAAAAAACAUUACAAUACAUUCACAGAUUUCACACCACACUGUGUGCCCUCAGGCCCCUACUCUACCACUACCACAUAUCUACAGUACUAAAUCCAUGUGUAUGUAUAGUGCGUAUGUUAUAGUGUGUGUGCAUGCAUGCGUGUGUCUGUGCCAAUGUUUGUGUUGCUUCACAGUCCCCACUGUUCCAUAAGGUGUUUUUUUGUCUGUUUUUUAAACCUAAUUUUACUGUUUGCGUCAAUUACUUGAUGUGGAAUAGAGUUCCAGGUAGUCAUGGCUCUAUGUAGUACUGUGGUCCUCCCAUAGUCUGUUCUGGACAUGGGGACUGUGAAGAGACCUCUUGUGGCAUGUCUUGUGGGGUAUGUAUGGGUGUCCGAGCUGUGUGCCAGAAGUUUAGACAGACAGCUUGGUGCAGUCAACAUGUCAAUACCUCUCACAAAUACAAGUAGUGAUGAAGUCAAUCUCUUCUCCACUUUCAGCCAGGAGAGAUUGACCUGCAUAUUACUAAUAUUAGCUCUCUGUGUACAUCGAGGGGUCAGUCGUGCUGCCCUGUUCUGAGCCAGUUGCAAUUUUCCUAAGUCCUUUUUUGUGGCACCUGACCACACGACUAAACAGUAGUCAAGAUGUGACAAAACUAGGGCCUGUAGGACCAGCCUUGUUGAUAGUGUUGUUAAGGCAGAGCAUCACUUUAUUAUAGACAGACUUCUCUCCAUCUUAGCUACUACUGCAUCAAUAUGUUUUGACCAUGGCAGUUUACAAUCUAGGGUUACUCCAAGCAGUUUAGUCAUCUCAACUAUCACAGUCACAAGCUAUUUUCCACACUUGAAUUUAAGUAAUUUGAGGUACAAUACAAAUUAGACAUAUUGUACUGGACUAAAGUCAAUUGGAAUUGGAAUGUUUUAUACAGGAUAUGGAUCCACCUCUGGGUAACAGAACGUUUUGUACGUGUAGGUGGUAACCCGAUUUGACACUGUUGUUUAAAAGCAGCCCUUAUUCAAAUUGAUUCAUUAUUUGCAAUUGAAUGAAUACAACCCUAGCAAUAAAGUAGCACUACAGUACCCAAUUGUGUGUAUUUG